GUCUAUAGAAGACAAUGAUUAUCCCUGUCAGAUGUUUUACAUGUGGGAAAGUUGUUGGAAACAAAUGGGAAGCAUACUUGGGCCUUCUUCAGGCUGAAUACACAGAAGGAGACGCUUUGGAUGCUCUAGGACUGAAGCGCUACUGUUGUCGGCGGAUGUUGCUCUCUCAUGUUGAUCUAAUUGAGAAGCUGCUGAAUUAUGCACCCUUAGAAAAGUGAAAUAAAGAUGAAUUGCAUAAUCACUGAAGCAGAGGAUACAUGGAAGCCAUUUCUGGAGUAGAGACCAUGCAGCCGAAUUCUGCAGAUCAUUGGCAGUAUG